AAAAAGAAAUUCAUUCUUCAUUAUACAGUUACAGUUCAAUUGCAACAACUUGAUUACACCGACACGAAAUUAAAUUUCAUAAAAAUCAUAACAGAAGUGUAAACUAUUACCAUAAGUCUACUAUUAUCAUUUAUCAUUUAUUAUUUUAUCUCUCUAGUUGUCUUUAUCAGAUUACAAUGCCGAUUUUAUACAGCGUUGUGUUUCGUGGCACAACGGUUCUAGCGAAAUAUGCCUCAUGUGAUGGUAAUUUUGCAGAAGUGACCGCAGAAUUCAUGGUCAAAACUCCAGCCUAUGAUAAUAAAUUGACCUUUCCUCAUGGCAAUUAUCUGAUUCACUACAUCUGCGAGAACAGGUUCAUUUAUAUGUGCAUCACGGACGAUAAGUUUGAAAGAGCAAGAGCCUUCCUACUUCUAAACGAAAUCAAAAGAAGAUUCUUAGAAACUAUUGAAAAUGUAAUAGCCCAUGCUGUGAUGAACAGUGAUUUUUCAAAAGUUUUGGCAGCAGAAAUGAAGCACGUUUUAGAAUCUCGAGAAAUAGACAAAGUUAAUGGACAAUUAGAUGAACUUAAAAACAGAAAUGAAGGAACUGCAUUACCUGCUCCAGAAAUCGGAGAACCAGCAAUUCGGCCGGAAGAACACAACGUUUCAUUGAGGAAGCCAAGUAUUAGUUCGGAAAUUGAUUUAGAUGAAUUUCUCACUGAUCCACGUCUAGCUGAAGACAUUUUAUUGGAACGCCCACCUGGUUGGCAGCCAGCACGGCGUCCCAGAGCAAGAAGGCGUGUAAAAUUCGAUAAAAAAAUUUCAAUCGAUGACUGGCAUUCACCAGAGCGUCUUAGCCACAUAUUACAGCCUAGAUUAGAUCCAGAUGAAAUGCUCCCUCGUCCACGGCAGCAGGGGUUUUUCAGCAGAAUUCCUGACGCUUGGGGGAAGAACGAUAGGAAUUACUAGUAAAUAAAACUGACAAUCUGGGCAAUAACUCUGUUACAUUUCGCAAAACUUCAAGAAACCUGGCAAGAGCUAUGUUUUGGAGAAAAAUAAAAAUAUACUUGGUAAUUGCUGGAGUUCUAAUUCUUGGGACCUAUCUAAUCGGGUCCUUGUGACUUGCCUGGAAAUCAUGCACUGGAUAAAUAAAAUUUAAUCCAAGCUAAGAAACCUUAUUAUAAAUCUAAAAUUAUAUAAAUCUAAAAGAAACAUAAUUUAACAAUUAAAGUAGGAAAUAAUUUU